AUGAGAUUUUCAACACUUCAUUUUGCCUUUUUGGCAACAUUAUCGAGCAUUUUCACUGUCGUGGCUGCUUCUGACACUACUACUUGUAGUUCAAGUAAACAUUGUCCUGAAGAUAAACCAUGCUGUUCUCAAUUUGGUAUCUGUGGUACUGGGGCUUAUUGUUUAGGCGGUUGUGAUAUUAGAUAUUCUUAUAAUUUGACUGCUUGUAUGCCUAUGCCUAGAAUGAGUACAUUCCAAGAAUCAUUUGAUUCUAAAGAUAAAGUUAAAGAAAUUGAAUUACAAUCGGAUUAUUUAGGUAAUUCUACUGAAGCUGACUGGGUUUAUACUGGUUGGGUUGAUUAUUAUGACAAUUCUUUAUUAAUUCAAAUGCCAAAUCAUACCACUGGUACCGUUGUUUCAUCGACUAAAUACUUAUGGUACGGUAAAGUUGGGGCAACAUUGAAAACAUCUCAUGAUGGUGGGGUUGUUACUGCUUUUAUUUUGUUUUCUGAUGUUCAAGAUGAAAUUGAUUAUGAAUUUGUUGGGUAUAAUUUAACUAAUCCUCAAUCAAAUUAUUAUUCUCAAGGGAUUUUAAAUUAUAAUAAUUCGAGAAAUUCUUCCGUAAAUAAUACUUUUGAAUAUUAUCAUAAUUAUGAAAUGGAUUGGACUGAAGAUAAAAUUGAAUGGUACAUUGAUGGAGAAAAAGUCCGUACUUUAAAUAAAAAUGAUACUUGGAAUGAAACUAGUAAUCGUUAUGAUUACCCUCAAACUCCUUCAAGAAUUCAAUUUUCUUUAUGGCCCGGUGGUGAUUCUUCAAAUGCUAAAGGUACUAUUGAAUGGGCUGGUGGAUUAAUCAAUUGGGAUUCUGAAGAUAUUAAGAAAUAUGGAUAUUAUUAUGCUCACAUUAAAGAGAUUUAUGCCACUGCCUAUGAUAUACCCAAUGAUGUUAAAUUGGAUGGUAAUUCCACUAAAGAAUCAGAUUAUCAUGCUUUCCUUUAUAAUAGUACUGAUGGUGAUGCUAGUAACAUUAUGUUGACCACGAAAAAGACUUGGUUAGGUAGCGAUGACGCUACUGGAUUUGAUCCACAAAAUGAUGAUGAAGAUAGUAGUAGUAACAAAGCUCAAGAAACUACCAUCACUUCAGUUAGUGGGUCAUCUACUAUAACUAGUGUUAAAACUGAUUCAACUAAAAAAACUGCUAAUGUUCCUGCUCAAAACACUGCCGCAGCAGCACAAGCAACUGCUAAAAGUUCUACUGGUACCAACACCUAUGAUCCAAGUGCUGGAGUUGGUGGAUUUGUUCAAGAUUCAAAAUCUACUGAUUCUGGUAGUAGUGGAAGCAGUUCUCAAGGUGUUGCCAAUUCAUUAAAUGAAAGUGUUAUCAGUGGUAUAUUUGCUUCCAUUUGCUUGGGUAUAUUAUCAUUUUUCAUGUAA